AUGAAUCAGAAAGGCGGAAGAACAGAAGCAGGGUUGAGGAGGGAGGCAUGGCCACUCAGCUGAAAAACCCUAAAAAGCAUCCAAAGCUAAACCCCAACUGGGCUCAACUCUGUGAAAAACUCAAAAUCAAUGGCUCAAAGAAACCGCUCAUAAAGACUUCUCCAGCAUCGGAACCAGAAACCCAGAGCACCAUAUUGGGGAAGCGAAAAGAGAGGCCCUAUGAACAAACCAAUGACUCUCGGCCCAACCCUUUGAUUCCUACCUCAUCUGAUUGCAGUGUUACAGAUGUGAUAGCCAUGGAUUGUGAAAUGGUAGGUGUCAGCUCUGUUGGGAACAAGAGUGCACUUGGGCGAGUCACAUUGGUAAACAAAUGGGGAAAUGUUAUAUAUGAUGAAUAUGUGCGCCCAAUGGAACGCGUUGUUGACUUCCGCACCAAAAUUAGUGGAAUCCGACCUCAUCACUUGAAGAAAGCAAAGAAUUUCAAUGCUGUUCAGAAGGAAGUUGCAGAGUUGAUUAAAGAAAAGAUUCUUGUUGGCCAUGCUCUGCACAACGAUCUAAAAGCAUUGCUAUUAAGUCACCCGAAGAAGGAUAUUCGUGACACUUCUGAGUUUCACCCUUUCCUAAAAGAAGGGCGUAGCCGUGCCCUUAGGCAUCUUGCAGCUGAAAUUCUAGGAGCAGAUAUUCAAAACGGGGAGCACUGCCCGGUAGAAGAUGCCCGUGCUGCAAUGAUGCUAUACGUGAAACACAGAAAAGUAUGGGAAAAACACAUCAAGGAUUUCAUGAAGCUGAAGAAGAAACAGGAAAAAAGGAAACAUAAAAAGAAGCCGAGAGGUGAUGAAGGUCAAGCAGCACAUGAAUGAAUGAUGCUGGGGAAGCCUCUUACUAACGUUGUUGUAUGUUGGAAGUUACCAUUUUCACCCUGGAAAGAAAUUCUUUCUGCUAAGCAGCAGGGGAGUAAAGGAAUCUGAUUGAAAAGAGAAACCGGGGAGGCGGGGAGCAGGUAAGGCUGCUCCUACUUCUUUUGGUUUCCAAUCUUUCGAUCUCGUGGAUCAAAUUGGUUCAUUUCACAUGAAGAUGUACCGUGUACAAUGUAAUGUUUACCUGUGUCACAGGUUAAUUCAUUGGAAAGAAGGAAAACACAACAAUGCCAUACAUUUUAAGGUUAUAACCAGAAAUUCUUGUUAUGCUGUACACUGCUGUAUUAUAAAGGAAGAGUGCUAUUACAUUUACACCCAGUAGUUUUCUCCUUGAAUUGAAGCAGUUGGUGCUUUGAUUUU